AUGGGUAUCUACAGCGCCGAGUGCUUGCAUCCGGAAUUAGUGCAUUCGUUCCUCUUGAAUUUCCAAUCUUUCAAGUCCCAGAAUCCUUUGGAAUUUUUGAAGUUCAUGUUCCAGGUAUCGCAGCAGGACAACUGUAUUUGCGCCUGCUCACCAGGCGGAUGCACGCCGUUCUCCGCAGGGCUACGACAUCUGCUCCAGCACCCGUCCAGAUAUUACCAGAUGAAGGGCCGUAAUCGAUUCCCAGAACUACUUCAAUUUGUCAUCCGCCAGUCUGAAAGGAGCCUAGAAUUCGACCAAGUGAUCAUCCGACUGAUGACUUUUGACGCGCUCGAUCUGAGACAUACGUGUUGUCGCAAAGGAGAUAGUCUGCAUGAGGACUCGAUUCUUUAUUUAGAGGAGACCGAAAUUGAUGAGAUUCGGGACGAAGAGCAUUUGCUUCUGGAAGACUUUGAACGCCUAUUCGCUGAGCUCUCAGCCAAGUUUGAGAAGUCUGGCCUUCUCAUCAUGGAAUUCUUACAGGGCCCUUGGUAUCAGCGCAUGGUGGAAUUUCUUUCUCAGUUGGAUCCCUAUGAUGAGGAGUACGCGAAGGGUCACCGGAGCAUUGGGUUGAAAGUCGAAAUAACGGAAAGCAUCCCUGACCGGGUAUCUCUGCUGGUGGGUUCGAAAGUGGAAGAGAUUCUGUAA